AUGGCCUUGAUCGAUCCGAUAGACCUCGCACAGACUGCCAUCGUCCGAGUGGCUGAGAUCGCCUUGGUGCUGGGCGUGCAGUACAAGCGGCAGAUAUGCGGUCGCCUGGGUGCGGAGUUGUUCUUGGUUGCGGAAUCCCUUGACAGGGCGGGUCUGGAUCAGGAGGAGCAGUUGCGGGUGCGCAUCUCAAAGCUGUUGAGGGAGGUUGAAGGGAUCUGUAGUUGCUCCCCUACAAAAUCAGGAGUGGGAUACCCGCUGCUACAGGGUAUAGCACAAGUGUACCCAGAUCCAAAGGCCCAAGCAGAAAUCCAACAGGGACUCCUCAAUAUCACGUCAAACAUUGCCUAUACGGAGAGUUUCAUCAUCCAUAUACAGAAAUUUGCAAAAAAGAUUGAUAAAAAACCACACGGAGCCAAGGAAGAAAUUACCACGAAGAAGAGCGCACCGACCGAGUAUCCAAGAGACAUUAAAAUACUUGCUCAUAAUGUCCUUCGGGACCAUAUGUGUUGCACCUGCAACGUGAAAAGCAAGCAGAACGUAAACGGCGAUCAUUUGGUGAGGUUGUUACUCCAACCGCCACCGCAGGAAAAUGAAGCUCGCCUGGCACAAUUUGAUAUGUUGUUUUCAUCUGCACCAUGGUGGAUCGGAUCUCCGUUCAGUAGCUGGCAAGAUGUACAUUUAAGAAUUCCAUGGGCUCGGAAGUCAAAGAAAACUGCCAGAUUCGGCGAUAAACAUGAACAUAACGGUUACAGCCCUACACAAUUGACGCCAGUGAAUCAUGGCCAAUUCUGCAACCUCAUUGGACUUCAGGCCAAUUCCCGCAUCUGUCUGACAAUCCAAGAUGGAGAGCUGAAGAAGUCAGGCUUCGAGGGCCUCAAGCAAAUAGUCGAACACGUUCCUGGCAUUUCGCUUGCUGACAUUCUUAGCCGUUUCCAUCUUACGGCAAAGAUGAAACUAGCACUGGCUUAUAUCCUUGCAUACUCCGUUUGGCAGUACUAUGACUCCGAUUGGAUGAAGACCAGGUGGACAAGUGAGACGAUACAGUUCGUCAAAGAAUGCGGAAGUGAUCGUACCUGCGGAAAAGGCCAAUUUUUUGCCUGGAAGCCUUAUUUAUCAGUUUCCUUCGGUGACGAAGACCCUGAGUCUGGCGAAUAUAGCGAUCUAGAUGGAGAAAUACAUCACUAUCCGAGGAUUAGAGCUCUCGGUAUCAUGCUGGUCGAGAUCGGAAUUGGAUUUCCGCUUCAUAGGAGUGACAAAGAUCGUUCGUCCAAGUCACUAGCAGCAAGAAUCAACGAGGACUUAUUACUAGCCCUGCAGUACUCAAAGGACAAGAGACUCUGGGAGGAUUGCGAGUAUCCUGAUUAUCUGACUGCAGUAAACCACUGUUUGGACCCUGGAACGUUCAAUAUCGCACCCUCUAUUCGAGGACAAAGUGAUAAAGAGUUUAUGGAGGGCCUCAAGCAACGGAUGAACAUCUUGUAUGACAAAGUUGUCUUUCCACUCGAGGAAGUACUGCAGGGAACAAAAUGGAUGGAACAGCUGACCUCAAUUCCGCCUCUGGAAGCGCCGUCCAAAAAGGCCAUGUCAAUCUCUGCCGAAAAUUUCUCCGCGGAUGUUGAUGAUGCCCCCGUGACACCAACGGUACGGAAAUUGAGCAAAAGAUUUCUGACCAAGAGCGAGAAGGAUGCAAAACGAUGGCUUUCAAGAAUGAGGAGGUUGAACAGCGAGCUGGGUGAAACAAUUCCACCUGUUAUAACCACACGGAUUCGAAUCGCCGUACUAGAUACCGGCUGUGAUUUCAAUGCCCCGUUUUUCCUACAUCCAGACAAUGAAUCUCGUCUCAAAGGUUGGAGGGACUUUGCUGAUGGGUCUGACGAUUUUCAAGAUGGUCAUGGACAUGGUACCCAUCUGGUAUCUCUGAUUAUGAAAAUUGCCCCUGACGCGCAUGUAUAUGUAGCGCGUGUCGCUAAAAACCCGGAUGACCUCUUAGGGGCAAGCGAGAACGUGGCACAGGCCAUCUCCUGGGCGAGUAGCGAGUGCAAAGCCGACAUCAUUUCCAUGUCAUUUGGCUACGUGAAAGACCAACCUAACAUCAGCAAAUCCAUCCGCAAAGCCCUCUACGAACGCGAUGAUUCCAUUCUCUUCUUUGCAGCGGCAUCAAACUAUGGAGCAAAUGACAAAGAAAUGUUCCCCGCUAGACACGAGUCCGUUAUCUCGAUCCGCGGUACAAACACAAAUGGCGACUUCGAGGACUUUAACCCGCCACGAAGUCACAAUGAAGAGACGGUGUUUGGUACCUUGGGCUUAGAUGUCCCAUCAUCGGGGCUGAGCGAUUGUAUGACGGAGGUAUAUAAGUCUGGAACCUCGAUUGCAACUGCCGUCGCAGCGGGUAUAGCAGGCACCCUGCUAGGAUAUACCAGCUCCAAGCCAAAGGAAAGCGCAUACGACUAUAUCAACAUGAAAAUGAGAACGCGUCAUGGAAUGCUGGCCAUGUUCAAAGCUCUUUCCUCGGCGACCCUGAAGGAACGCUACUUGUAUCUGGCGCCGUGGAAGCUCAUGGGCAAACCAGAUGACGUGCGAUGGGCCAUUUUUGUGGCAGCACUAUUUGAUAUUUGA